UUUUGUUUUACUCUAGUAUCGAGAAUUUAAAACGACAUUCUACUCAACUUUGACAUGGCUGGUGUUUGCAGUAUUUAUGGUAAUCAUGCCCAUUCUACUGCUAAACAUGCUGAUAGCCAUGAUGGGGAACACUUAUUGCGAGGUCAUCACGCAGUCUCAAAAGGAGUGGGUCAAACAGUGGGCUAAAAUCGUUGUGGCAUUAGAAAAAGGAAUAAGUCAGAAGAAGGCCAAAGAGUUUAUGCAAAGCUACUCUAUUCGUUUUGGUGCGCCCUCUGGUGAAGAUGGUUCGGAGAGGGAGCUUCGAGCUGUGAUGGUAAUUAAAAAUAAGCCAAAAUCGAAGGCUAGACAAAGGAAAGGCGCCAUUUGCAAUUGGAAGAGAAUGGGUAAGAGUGUCAUUCAAGAACUUCGACAGUCUGGAGUUACUGCAGCUAGUCUAAAACAAAGGUUUAACUCUCUACGAAAUUCUAUAGCAAAUCUUCCUGUUUGUAAUCAAAGUGACAACGACUCUGAAGAUGAAAUCAAAAAAGGGAACGGUUUCGUAUCAGCUUUAAACCAACUUACUUUUUCACGUGACUUAAAGAUGGCUGUUGACACAACAUCUAACAAUUCAGGAAGUCCUCCUAAAGAGGCGAACUUUUCCUUUGGUGAUACUUUCAACCAGUUGACAAGGAACCAGGAUCUAGAGGUUGGAAAGUCACAGACUCCACCUAAAGGUGAAUCUCGGGAAAGAGCUCCAACCGAAUUCAACACACAGUUCUUAGAAAAGAAGGAACGGAUAAAAUUUGGGAUUAUUAAUGAAGGUUUUGUUCCAUCUGGUAAAAAUCCGAGGUUUUUACCCGCUCUAAAUGAAGAUCAGUCUUCUGGAAAUAGGGAUUUGGAAGAUGACAGAGGUUCUCGUUACACAACAAAAGCACCGAUAUCUCAAGGCUUACAGAUUUGUGUGCAUCAUCACAAAAAAUAUGAUAGGCAUAAAAAGAAAACACAUAAAAAGUAUUUUAGAAACCGAGCAAAAGUGGGAAUUGGCACUGAACACUGUGGCGAAGUGAAGAGCAAAAACAAAUUAGAAAAUGCAAAUUUGAUGAAUAGUUCUAAAUCAAAAGUUCCUACAGAGGUGAAAGAAGUAUCUAAAAUCAACCCUCUAGUGAGAGAAAACGGAAACGCAUUGACGAAAAUGAACGAAACGGACAGUGAUGAUAGCUGGAAUAAAACAGUCGAAGCUAAACGCUCGUGUUCUCAUCACAAACUUCGACACAAGAAAAGAAGAGCCAAAUCCGCUUUGAAUGCCUUGCGAAGUAGAGAACAAUGUCAACAGUUUCAUGGAACUUCUUGGAAUUCAGAAAGGAACAGUCAACCGGCACAAGAUCAUAAUGAACAACAGCUAAUAGAGAGCUUCAAAAGUCCAAACUUACGUGAUACAUUACCUUAUCAUUAGCACUUUUAAUCAGUUAAAA